UGUGCUCGUCCAAAGAAGUUGGGUGGCAGGCAUUUGCCCCACAGUUACCUCCUCGGUUGCUCUGCUGGAUGGUUCCUUCAGAGCCCGGGGAAGGGACGGGAAGGGAGGGGGAAGGUGGACGAUGAGAGGGACAUCAAACUGAUGCCGGAGGGCCGAGUCCAAGAUGGCGGCAGCGCUUGCUGAGGAUCAACGUUACGGGUUGUCGUGUGGGAAGGCGAACCCCGGCAAAGUCACCGUCUUUCAUGUCAAACUGACAGAGACAGCCUUCCGAGCGCUGGAAGCCUUUCAAAACGCAAAGAAUUCAUCCAUUUCUCAGCCAACAAUACAAUUCCAAGGACUUCAAGGGUUGAUAAAGAUUCCAAGAACAGAUAACCAUAAUGAAGGACGAAAUUUUGACUUUUAUGUAUCCAAUGUUGGAAAAGAUAACCCUCAGGGAAGCUUUGACUGUGUUCAGCAGUAUAUCUCCAGUGAUGGUGUUGCAGAACUGGAUUGUUUUGGAAGCAUACAGGAUAAAAUUACAAUAUGUGCAACAAAUGAUUCUUACCUGAUCACUCGAGAACGCAUGACUCAAGCAGAGGAGGAAACCCGUAGUCGAAGUACCAAAGUUAUUAAACCUGGUGGGAGAUAUGUAGGUAAGCGAGUGCAGAUUCGUAAACCAGCACCAGGCAUCCCAGAUGCUGUACCUGAACGGAAACGGUCAACCCCCAUUAAUCCUGCAAGUACAAUAAGGAAGUGCAAUACAAGCAGUGUAUCCCAGCGGUCAUAUAGGGAUAGGGCGAUCCACUUAUUGGUACUAAAACCUUUCAAGAAACCAGAGCUUCUGGCUCGAUUACAGAAAGAUGGUGUUAGUCAGAAAGACAAGAAUUCUCUUGGACCAAUUCUACAACAGGUGGCUAAUAUAAACCCAAAAGACAACUCCUAUACAGUGAAGGAUUUUGUGUAUAAGGAGGUUCAGCGGGACUGGCCUGGAUACUCAGAAGAGGAUCGGCAGUUAUUUGACAAAGUGGUUUCCAGGAAAUUAUCCCAGCUGCAGAAUUCCAACACAUCAACAGAUCCCGUUUCAUCAGGCUCCCCUAAAGGUAGAGAAUCUGCAUCCCCACCAGAUAAGCGAUUACUACCUUCAGAUUUCAUUGAUCCACUAGCAAGCAAGAAGCCCAGAAUAUCUCACCUGACCAAUCGUGUGCAGCCAACCCUUAAUGGUGAUUUAAAUCCCUCCGGUGAGAAAAACAGUGUUACUGCUCCAGUCGUUCUUCCUCAUCCUCCACCUCCACCACCUUCUCCCCCUGCACCACCGCCUGUGCCACUUCCAGUUUCUGUUGUUCAUACUGUGAAUUCUAACUCCAAUUCCCCAUGCACACCAGAAAGAAGGGGAACUCCCGAUUUGCCAGUUGAUACUAUUGGUCAAACUGGUGAGGGUUAUGAGGACCAGCACGAAAAGCAUACCUCUAGGACUACAGUAGAAAGUCCACCACACCAAAUGGAGUGCUCAGAAGUCAUCAGUAAAGACUGUUCUUCUAAUGGAAAAUCAAAAAAGAAAGCUAAAAAACACAAAGACAAGGAAAGAGAAAAGGAAAAGAACCAGGUGAAAAAUGAAGCGGAUAGCAGAGAAUACCGAAGUGAAAUUGAGGAACACAAACCCAUUAAAGUUAAAGAUGCCAAUUCUGAUUCGGGAUUGAAUAUGAAGUGCACUGGUUCCAGCAAUUCUACGUUACCAACCAAAAAACCUGACUAUUUGGUCAAAUAUGCAGCCAUUGUGUCACAUGAACAGAGACAAAACUACAAAGAUGACUUUAAUGCAGAGUAUGGUGAAUACAGAAGUUUGCACGCCAGGUUAGAGAGGGUGACCAAGCGAUUUUUGCAAUUGGAUGCAGAACGGAAGCGUCUCUCUCCUAACACUGAAGAGUACAAGAUUAUUGAUGAAGAAGUUUUGCAAGAAUACUGGAAAAUUACAAAGAAUAGUCCCAACUACCAUGAAGAGAAACAUAGAUGUGAAUAUCUGCAUAAUAAACUGGCUCAUAUUAAGAGACUAAUAGCAGAUUAUGACCAGCAACAACAACAAUCAUGGCAUUAGAAUUCGCUGGACAUUUGCAAUAUUGGUUCGUGAUCAGAAGGAGAUGUGUAAUAAGCUAAUUUAUUUUGAAUUUUUGGGAAAUGUUAUUCUAGGAAUGGUGUCUGAAAUUUCUGAACGUUUUCAAAGGUUUCAUUAUUUUUUGAUUUGUUACUUCCUGAAAUGCCCAAACUAUGCCGCACCCUCCUUAUCAAAUGCUGUUUGCUUUAAAACUUCCAUCCUUUUUACUCAUGUACACAUUUUUGUUUAGCCAAAUACAUCACAUUAGACAAAGUACUUAGACUGUCCUUUAUCCUCUGAUUUGAUUUGUACAUUAACAAUUGAUAGCACUAACAAACACUGUAACAUUUGAAUAAAUACAGGUAUGCAGAACUUUCUAUGUAUUCUGCUGAUUUAAAUGUUUGCCUUAAGUGGUUGAAGCUUCCCAAGGCAAUUUGCACAUUCUCAAAGUAUUCAGAGAAAUGUUGAAGAUUUGGUGAAUGAAAAAUUUGAUAAGCACUACGAACUGCCUGAUUCUUUACACUGUGCUGGAAUUUCAAACCAUACGCUAAAGUGAAAACAACAUUCAGUCCCUGUGCCCCUUGCCUUAAGAUGUUUGUUUAUGCACACUUAAUAUAAUGACCAUUAGCCACAUAGUUUCCCAUUUUUCCAUGCAGUUGGGAAACUAACUGUGGCCUGCUCUCUGUGUGUGGGUGUGUUUGUGAGAAUUUACAUCUUGAGAGGAAAAAGAGAAAUCUGCUCUCAGUAACCAAAUGCUCAGGACAAAACAUCUGAUGUGUUACUGUAGGUAUUUUCCUAUAAAUGUACCACUUCCUCCUCAGAAGUUGAAGCCUUUCCAUUUCAAGUGAUUUAUCAGCUUUAUUAACAAGGAAAUAUUGCUACCAAGCAACAUUUGAAAGAGAUCUAUAGUUUUGGGAAAAUUAAAUUAAUCUUCACGUAGGAGACCUAUUUGUAUACUACUUUAAAGUAUUUUUGGAGAAAAAAUAUAUACAAAGCACCAGUCACCUGCAUGUACUAGUUUAUUUAAGAUUUGUUCUUCUGCGUGCCAGGAAUAUAAUAAAAAAAUGUAUUUCAUAACACUGCGACCAUCAAACAGUGCAAAGAAAUUAUUUGAAUUUGUAAAGUCUCUGUAUUUAAAUCAGUGCAUUGUAUUUCAGUUGAUUUGUAGUUAAUUUAUCAUGUGGGAACAUUUAAGUUAUUUGGUUGGAAGAUGCAAGGUUUUGGAUAAAUAUUAAGACUAAUAACUUGUAAUUUUUGUCUUUUCAAAGUGCUGCCAAUUGAAAGGGGAAGCAUUGUUUACAAAUGAAUAUUGGAAAGCUUGCCAAAUUGUUUGGUUGAAUCUUUAAUAAAUUGUUGUCUCCCCAA